UUUGUCUGAGCUCAGUGGUAUUCAGAAGGCAAGAGAGGAGCUGGAUUCUCCUGUGCCAUUUCCCCUCUCUAUAACCAGGGCACGGCAUGCUUCAAAAGGAAUAUUAUAGGGAUCAGAGUAGUAAAACACACUAGGACCACCUGACCUGAGGAUUAUGCAAGAUGAAAAAUAAAGGACUCUUAUACCUGAAACUUGUUUACUGAAAUGGAGGUUUUGACUGAAAGCAAAGACAUCGAACUAUUACAUUGCUGGAUGAUCUGAGAGUAUAAGAACAAAAUGAGUUAUUACGGCAGCAACUAUAGAAUUGUGAACAUGGAAGGGAAUGUGCCCAAGUACACUAACUGCCACCCAGAGCACAUUAUAACUGAGAAGCGAAGAGCAAGAAGACGAUUGCUCCAUAAAGAUGGUAGUUGCAAUGUGUACUUUAAACAUAUUUUUGGAGAAUGGGGAAGUUACAUGGUUGAUAUUUUUACCACCCUUGUGGAUACCAAAUGGCGCCAUAUGUUUGUGAUAUUCUCUUUAUCUUACAUUCUCUCUUGGCUGAUUUUUGGCUUGAUCUUUUGGGUGAUAGCCCUUCACCAUGGAGAUUUGUUAAAUGAUCCAAAUAUCACACCUUGUGUUGACAAUGUCCAUACAUUCACAGGAGCAUUCUUAUUCUCCCUUGAAACUCAAACCACUAUAGGCUAUGGUUCUCGCUGUGUCACUGAAGAGUGUUCUGUGGCAGUCCUUGUGGUUAUACUUCAGUCAAUCUUGAGCUGCAUCAUAAACACCUUCAUCAUUGGAGCUGCCUUGGCCAAAAUGGCAACAGCUCGAAAGAGAGCCCAGACUAUCCGAUUCAGUUACUUCGCCCUCAUAGGCAUGAGAGAUGGGAAACUUUGCCUUAUGUGGCGCAUUGGUGAUUUUAGACCAAAUCAUGUAGUAGAGGGAACAGUGAGAGCUCAGCUACUUCGUUAUGUGGAAGAUAGUGAAAGACGGAUGACAAUGGGAUUUAAGGACCUAAAGCUGGUCAAUGACCAGAUCAUUCUUGUGACACCAGUGACCAUUGUUCAUGAAAUUGAUCACGAGAGCCCUUUGUAUGCCCUUGAUCGUAAAGCAGUAGCCAAAGACAACUUUGAGAUUUUGGUGACAUUUACUUAUACAGGGGAUUCCACUGGGACUUCUCACCAGUCCCGAAGUUCUUAUGUGCCACGAGAAAUUCUCUGGGGCCACAGAUUCAAUGAUGUUUUAGAGGUUAAGAAAAAAUACUACAAGGUAAACUGCUUACAGUUUGAGGGAAGUGUUGAAGUAUAUGCUCCUUUCUGCAGUGCCAAGCAAUUGGAUUGGAAAGAUCAGCAACUACACAACCUUGAGAAAACAUCCUCAGGCAAAGGAUCAGGAAUGACUGAAACCAAGGUUAGACGAAGGUCAUUUAGCGCCAUUGCCAUCGUUAGCAGUAGUGAAAAUCCUGAUGAAAUGUCCAAGACCACAACUGAUGAGAAGAAUGAAACACCAUAUCAGAAAGCUCUUCUGCAACUAAAUAGAAUCUCAGUAGAGUCCCAGAUGUAGCCUGUGGUUGCAGUAGCAUUUACAAGUAGAUUACCCCCCCCCCAAAAAAAAAUUUCUUAAGACAGCCACAAUAAGGCAAGUAUCUUGAAAUGACCUGAAAAGAGAAUGACAGUCUAGAAAGUCAGGUUUGUGACUAUAUACAUGGAUAGGGGCAAGGAUAGAAAAGGAGCGUGAUUAAUAAAAAAUCCAAAAAUCUCUCACAAUCAACACAUUUUAAAGUCUAUUAGAAAUGUUGUAUUAAGAAACAAAAUUGACAAUUCUUUACUGCAUCUCCGUUCACUGUCCCUGGUCACUAUCUAACAAAGGAACCAUUGAACAGUGAAGCAAUGAUAAUUAGAACUCAGUUAUAUAUUGCUUUAUAAUUUACAAAGUACUUUCUUGCAAACAACUUAGAAAAAAGUGGUACAAUUAUUAUUGUUAUGCCAAUUUUACUGAAAAAAGAAACUAAAUAUCAGAGGGGCUAAGUGACUUGCCCAGGGUUACAUUGCUGCUAGUAAGUAUGGGUAGUUGUUAUUCAAAUCAGAACUUGAAUCUUUAUAUUUUGACUUCAAGCCCAGGAUUCUUUCUCCUUUAUCUUCUGCUUAUCAAACUGCCUAAGACACUAGUCAUAGUUAAAGAUUUUGAUAAGUGCCAUCUGAUCUCCCCAUGGUGUUUGCUUAAUUAGCCUUAGAUUGCUCAAAAUGAUUUUUGUCUUUACUAAUCCUUGAGAAAAGUAGGGAAAGAUACCAUUUUCUUUUUUUAGAGCAAGAUUGUUUUCCUUUGGUUUUCCAGUGGCUAGAUUGAGGUGACUGAUAUGAUUUGAGACCAUGGGUUCAUGGGAAACAAACCCAAUGUUUUGGGGUCCCUCUACUUUUUGAGUCAUGAUUGUCAUCAUAAGCCACUUUCUUCAUGGUAGUGAUAAAAAGAAGGGACACAAACAACAAAUUUAUUUUAAUUGGCAUGCAAAAAUUACAAUAUGGAGAAAGGUUAAGAAGUGGUAGAAUGACAGAUAAGAUAUUUUUUAUCUUAUUCUUAAAACUAUUCACACCUAAAAUUUAUACUCAUAGCUAUUUAUGGAUAUGGUUUAGAACUUUGUCUCAUGGCCAAGGAAAAUAUUGUUCUCCAUAAGACUCAUACAUCUGCCACCUUUGAGUAACAUUGAAUAACAAUGAAUAACAUUGAAUAACAUUCAAUGAUUGAGUAUAGUUUGGAGCAAACUUUUUCUUAUGACUGAAGACCCACAUUUUGAUUUUCGUGUUAAAGAAGAUUAUUUUCUUAUCUAUGAAAAACUCUAGAUUAUAAUUCUAAAUGGUUACUAUAAUUUAUCCCCAAAAAUAUUUUUAUCUAUGAGAAGUAGAUAAAAAAUUUGAAAGCUAUAUUUAUGUGUGGCAAAUUGAGUGAUUAAGAGGUAAUUAUGAGGAUAGGGAUUGUUUUAGAAUGAAGGGAGAAUAAGCGUGAUGAGUUUUCUAUAAUAAAUUCAAUUAUCUAGAAAAAAGAGAAAUGUCAUUAUAAAAUUUGCAGUAUACUCUUAUAUUGAGUCAGUAAUUACCUUCAGAGUCCUUUGUAGGAUUGCAUUGAUUUUUAUAUGGGCUAUAAUCUCUUGCAUCAGAUUUUUAUUGUCCCUAAAAUUAUGUGAUCUCAUUGAUGCUUUUUCUAGAAUAAGAACUGAUUCACAUAAAGUGAAAUUGAGACAAUUAACAUAAGCUAUAUAGAAACUUAAAGAUUUCUGAGUGCCUGUUUAUUGGCAAUUAAAGGUUAUUAAGGAACAUAAUCAAAAUAGCUCCAUCAUAAUAUGAAUUAGAGGAAAGUGCAGGUUACAACCUGCAAAACAAACUCUGCAAAAUUGUUGCAAAGUCUAAUUCCUCUGAUCCAAUGUUUAGAAUUCUUACUUCUUUCUUGGCUUAGGAUACCUAGAUAAUAUUUGCUUUUAAAGAUUUAUGUGUUCAGGGUUACUAGUAACAAGUAUCUAGUUAUGUAAGCCCCCCAAAAUCUGCUUAUUUAAAAAUUACUUUUUUGCCUCUUUUAUCUAGAUUCAGCCCAAAUUAUCUUGCAUUUUUACCUGGGUAGACUUUGCCCAUUCAUACUGUUUGUUUUUGCUCUAUUUUGUUCAAAAUUUGCUCAUUAUAUCUCCUCUGCUAGUAAAUACAAUUUUGGAAUAUAUGACUCCCCAAAUAUAUCCAUGUAGCUUGAGUGCAAUGUAAGCCCUACCUUAAACCAUAACAUCUUUAUUUCUUUAUUGGUCUAUCUUCAUAUCUAAAUGUAUUGUGUAACAGUAAAAAUAUUAAAAUAAA